AAGCUUUCGAGAGCUGUAUAGAAUGUACUCUGAUGUGUUUCUUAAGCUAUGUACCGUUCACAUUUUGCAUCUAGUCAAAACUUUAACAAAGUUUUGAAGGCAUUAAACACUAUAGCACCACAUAUGAUGGUCAAGCCAGGAUUUGCCGUGCCUUCUAAAAUAAGAGGAAACACAAGAUUUUACCCCUACUUUAAGGAUUGCAUUGGUGCCAUUGAUGGCACUCAUAUUCCUGCAAUGGUAAAAGGUCGUCAAUGGGUGGGAAGGAUCUGCACAUGAUUCAAAAAUGCUAAAUGAUGCAUUAUGUAGAAGAAAUGGACUUUGAAGUGCCUCAAGGAAUUCAAGCUUGAACUUUCACUGAAUCAAUGGAGGCCUUUGGCAAUUCAAUGGUAGCUGGACCUGCGACUGUUAUCUAUCUGUCAAGCAUUCUUGGCCAAGAUGAUGGCCCGAACCCUGCUCACAAAUGUGAUUGGAAAUGUGAAAACGAACAUGUGUGCGGGAACAUGUACAGAUGCAGACUAACUGGGCUGACACACAUUUGUGACAAAAACUGUAACCAGAGAAUUUUGUAUGACAAUCAUAGCUCCCUUUGCAGGGUGAGCCGGCAGAUUUUCCAACUUACCGCAGCUGAAGAGAGUGCUGUGAAAGGUGUACGGAGGAAGCUUGAUGCUGAUAGUUCACCCCUUGACAGCUGUGCUUCCAAGCGUAGGCGAGAUGCAACAUUUCAUCCAUCACCGUUUGAGAGAUCUUUCUCUGCUGUUACUCCCAUUUGUAGCCAAGUUGGAGAUGGAAUGGAUAUGAGCUAGAUCAUAACUCGUUAUUCUACGUCACUUUUUUAGUAUUUUGCUCUCAUGAGACAAUAAUGCAAAAAAAACACUUUGAUAAGGCCUUCUUAAUAACAGACUGGAAAGUCUUGCUAAGUCUGUAGGAGAUUCUUAUAUUGAACUGAAGUACCUUCCAUUACUUACUAGGUGAUCAACUUUAUCAUGCAUCUGGAG